AUGUACAAUGCCAGGAGGAAGUCUGGGUUUUCGAAAGAAAGAGAGAGAAAGCAGAAAUCGCUCUGGGCGACAGUUGGACGAGAGAUCGAUGUUGACUUCGUCAAUGGAGAGAGGACUCAUGCCUGCCGUUCAAUCAUUUGGAACGGUUUGAUAUGGAGCGUCCAAUUGGGCCACCGACAACAGGUGCAAGAUAAAGACUGUCGAUCUGUUCAUUCUUUUGAAGCUAAUUUUUUGAUCGUCUUUGUGAUGAUCUGUGCUUUUAAAGCAACAACCAUUACUGGCUAUGGGCUUCGAUGGCAAGAAGUUGGCGGUCCAGAUGUAGUUGUGGCCGAUUGGCCAAUUGGGCACAAAAGAGAAACAAACCCCCCUUCCCCUCGAGGAGUCCUUGAUGAUCCUAUUAACAAAGCAGGACCAAAUAAGAAAGUGAAAGAAAAUAUGUCAGACCGAAAUGACAAGUUCAAGCAGUUGUACAUGGAAGGUGAAACUGGUAAUCAAUCCAAGCAAGAACGAUUUCGUACAAGGUGGACACCAUCCCUUGACAAGAUAUUUGCAGACCUGGUAGUGCAGCAGAUUCAGCUGGGAAACAGACCAAAUAAUGUUUUUGACAAGAAAACUUGGAAUCACAUUCGUGAUCAAUUCAAUAAGGAGACAGAUUCGAAUUUCAAUAACAAUCAACUGAGAAAGCACCUUGAUGUACUGCGGACACGAUUCAAUAAUGUGAAGUCAGCAUAUGCUCAGAAUGACUUUGCUUUGGAGGAUCCCUGUGGUGUUGGAUUUGACCUGUGGGAAGAGUCUUUUGGGGCACAGCCUAGGCCAGAGACAGUUAAAGUCAAGGACUGUCCCAUAUAUGAGCAACUCUGCAAGAUUUUCACAGAUACAUCAGCUGAUGGGAAGUAUGCCCAAUCAAGUCAUUUUGAGGGUUUGGACAAAGGAAAUUAUAGUGUGGGUGGAAUUUCCUGUCCAGAUGGUGGAACCUCUCGUUCUGAAGAUCCAUCAUCCUCAAAAUUAGUGAAAGGAAAUGCUGUGUCAUCAGAAAAGGCAGUGAAGAAUGUAGGGGAAAGAAAAAGGAAACGGCCACUUGAGACACCUUCUUCGGAGCAGAAUAAUAGAGAUCAAGAACUUAAUGAAGCUAUGGCAGAAGCCUUGUUGAAGAUGGUAGCUGCUUCGAAGUGGAGGGAAUUUGCUGCUAGACAAAAUGAUGAAAAAUUUACGAUAACUAAUUGUAUUAAAGCUCUGGAUGAGAUUCAAAACAUUGACCAGCAACUUUACUUUGCGGCUUUGGACCUCUUUGAGGACUCCACCUUACGAGAGACCUUUCUCUCUCUGAAAGGCGAUGACAUCCGGCUGACUUGGUUGCAGGGCAAGUGUGGUAGCUACAACCAUUUUGGUGAUGUCAGAGAUGCUUGGAAAGAUUUUGUCCUCUGGAGAAGAACCACCAAGUUUCUAGCUUCUACCGCAAAUGCCUCAGAACUCAGAAGCAUAUCAAGCAGCAAAAUUCACGAUUCUGUCCAAGAAAGCCAAGGUAAUGAGCUAGGGGAAAGAAAUGAAAAUUACUACCGACAUGAACUGGGGUGA